GUACAUGUGGCAAUCCUACACUUGCUCUCUCUCUCUCUCUUCCUUAGAUCUUCCCUCUCUCUCACUCUUUAACGCACACUUUCCCGUGUAUCCACUCUCCCCCCCAAGCCAAUCUCAACAAUGUCGUCGACCUAUGCGAGAUUCGACACCGUUUUUCUCCUUUCUAGGUUAGCCGGCGCUAAGUACUCGCCGUUGUGGCCCUCUUCUUCUUCAUCGUCGUCUCUCUUAUCUUCCGGCAUUCACCUUAGAGCCAAGCCGAAUUCGCCUUUGCGAUCGGUUACAGCAUCUUCUUCAUCGUCUGGUGCUAUCGUCUCCGGAAGUGAAAGCAUCGAGAUCAAAUCGGUGCCGACGAAGCCUAUCGAGGGGCAGAAGACUGGUACUAGCGGCCUCCGCAAGAAGGUGAAAGUUUUCAUGCAAGAUAAUUAUCUAGCCAACUGGAUCCAGGCAUUGUUUAAUUCAUUGCCGCUGGAGGACUAUAAGGACGCCACUUUGGUUUUAGGAGGUGAUGGUCGUUACUUCAACAAAGAGGCUUCUCAGAUAAUAAUCAAAAUUGCGGCUGGGAAUGGAGUUGGGAAUAUUUUAGUUGGGCAGGAAGGCAUUUUGUCAACCCCAGCGGUUUCCGCUGUCAUCAGGAAACGGAAGGCAAAUGGAGGAUUUAUUAUGAGUGCAAGUCAUAAUCCUGGUGGACCUGAUUAUGACUGGGGUAUUAAGUUCAAUUACAGCAGUGGUCAGCCAGCUCCCGAAUCCAUUACUGACAAAAUUUAUGGAAAUACACUUUCAAUCUCUGAGAUUAAGGUGGCAGAGAUUCCCGAUAUUGAUCUGUCUCAUGUUGGAGUUACCAAAUAUGGAAAUUUCAGUGUGGAAGUUAUAGAUCCUGUUUCAGACUACUUGGAGCUCAUGGAGGAUGUGUUUGACUUUGAUCUCAUCAGAGGUCUUCUUUCGAGAUCAGAUUUUGGGUUCAUGUUUGAUGCCAUGCAUGCUGUUACUGGUGCUUAUGCGAAACCAAUUUUUGUUGAUAAUCUUGGAGCCAAACCGGAUUCAAUUUCCAACGGAGUUCCCCUGGAAGAUUUUGGGCAUGGCCAUCCAGAUCCUAAUUUGACAUACGCAAAGGAUUUGGUUGAUGUCAUGUAUCGUGACGACGGGCCUGAUUUUGGAGCAGCAAGUGAUGGUGAUGGUGACAGAAAUAUGGUUCUCGGAAAUAAAUUCUUUGUCACGCCUUCAGAUUCUGUUGCUAUCAUUGCAGCCAAUGCACAAGAAGCAAUUCCCUAUUUCCGUGCUGGUCCUAAGGGUCUAGCACGUUCUAUGCCAACUAGUGGUGCCCUGGAUCGUGUUGCCGAGAAGUUGAAGCUUCCUUUCUUCGAGGUUCCCACCGGAUGGAAAUUUUUUGGAAAUCUUAUGGAUGCUGGAAAAUUGUCAAUCUGUGGAGAGGAGAGCUUUGGAACAGGUUCUGAUCACAUCCGUGAGAAGGAUGGCAUAUGGGCUGUGUUAGCGUGGCUUUCGAUCCUAGCUCAUCGCAAUAAGGACAAGAAAUCAGGGGAGAAGUUGGUUUCUGUUGCAGAUGUAGUGAAAGAGUACUGGGCGACAUAUGGAAGGAACUUUUUUUCUAGAUACGACUACGAGGAAUGUGAAUCUGAAGGAGCCAAUAAAAUGAUGGAGUAUCUUCGAGAUAUCGUGUCUAAGAGCAAGGGCGGGGAAAAUUAUGGAAACUAUGUCCUCCAGUUUGCAGAUGACUUUUCAUACACGGACCCUGUUGAUGGAAGUGUUGCAUCCAAGCAAGGUGUUCGGUUUGUCUUCACGGAUGGAUCCAGAAUCAUAUUUCGUUUAUCCGGAACUGGUUCAGCUGGUGCUACAGUUCGAAUAUACAUUGAACAGUUUGAGCCAGACGUUUCAAAGCAUGAUGUGGAUGCACAGAUAGCUCUAAAACCUUUGAUUGAUCUUGCAUUGUCUGUAUCAAAGCUGAAGGAAUUCACAGGGAGGGAGAAGCCCACUGUCAUUACAUGAGAAAUGACAGGAAAAAGACAAUUAUCUGUUACUACAUGGUCCUAAUGAAAGGCAAGUUGGGCUUCUGACUUCAGUUUUGUCUGCCAUGUUUAUUCAAAAAUUCCAGAGCAAUGAAAUGCUUAUCUAUGUAACGUAUAUAUAACUUGAAACAUCCUCUGUAUACAUAAUAAAUAAAACGAUAUAUUUUCUUUCA